AUGUCGAGAGCGGCCACGAUCGGCGGCCGGCUGCUCCGCGUCCCCGGCGCCUGGCGUCCGGCGCCGUCGGUCGUGGGCAUCCCAGGCCUCCCGUCGAAGCCGUGGUGGGAGCGGGACGACCCGCUCUUCGCGGCGUGGCUGCCGCGGCUCGAGGCCGCUGCGCCCGCCAUCCGGGCGGAGUGGGAUCGCCUGCGCGGGCGGCCGUCGGACUACAGGAUCUCCGACUCGGAGCACGCGGGGACGCUGCACUCCUCUCCGGAGGAGUGGCACUGGGCGACGUUUGUGGACGGCGGCCGCGUGGUGCCGGCCUUGUGGGAGGAGUGCCCCGCGACGGCGGCCGCGCUGGAGGGGGUCCCGGGCCUGAUGGUGGGCGACAUGCCCUAUGCAUUCGCCUUCUUCUCGACGCUGCGGCCCGGCAGCCGGAUCGCGCCGCACACCGCGCCGGCGAACCUGCGGCUGCGGUUCCACCUCUGCCUGCAGGCGGCGCCCGCUGCCUCCGGGCCGGAGGCGGAGACAUCGCGGCCGGCGUGCGGCAUGCGGGUGGCGGACGAGGUGAGGGAGUGGGAGGAGGGGCGCUGCCUCGUGUUCGACGACGCGUACGAGCACGAGGUGUGGAACGACUCGGCGGGCGAGCGCGCGGUGCUGCUGUUUGACAUCUGGCACCCGCUCCUCUCGCCCGACGAGGUGCAUGCGAUCCGGCAGAUGUUUGCCCGCGUGCAGGGCAUGGCCGACGCCAGAAGGGGAGGCGCGGCCGCAGAGGACUGA